CACUUCCCUCCUUAUUUGAAAUAAAAUAAUCUCCCUCAGUCUCAGUUCACAAACAGAGCAACCAAAAUGGACCGAGUCAUUUGCUUCCUUGUUCUUUCAACAGUACCACAGCUUGUAGUACUUGCUGAUCCUCCUGUGGGCUCAUUGAUACCUACAGUGGAGCUAGUGUCAGGGCAUUCAAUUAUCUUCUCUGGUGAGAGUGUCCGGCUGAGCUGUGACAUUGAAGAUAUCCACAAGUCCAACUGGGAUUACUUGUGGUUCAAGGAAUCUGAGCAGCUCGCACAGCGUGGGAAGCACCUCACUCUGUGGAAAACCAAAGUUAAAGACACUGGUAAAUAUUACUGCCAGGGAACGAGGGACACAGCGGUGGGAAACAUACAAACCCUCAAAAGCCAGCCUUUGGAGAUCAAAGUGGAUGGUGGGUUGGCUCUCCUGCGAGUCCCACCUCAUCACUGUCUUGUUGGAGACACCUUGAAUGUGACGUGUCAUGUCCGAGGCACACCCCAACUUCUUGAGGUGAUUCUGUACAGAGAUGGCGUUGAAGUUAUGAGGCAACAGGGCCUCAGCCCACACUUACACGUGAUCAACUUGAGCCUUGAGGACAAUGGAGUGUAUUCUUGUAGGGCUUCCUGGGAUAUAGAGAGACAGACAGUCUCUGUAAUUUCAGAUGGCGUUCCAGUGCAGGUCUUAGAGGUUGUGUCGGAGCCAGUUUUGCAGAUUGUUCAAAUGGGUGACCGGAUUACUCCAAAUAUGAUGAAACUCAUCUGUCACCACCAAUACAAUGCCCGUGCUCCUGCCCCUCCAGUAUACUACUUUUUCUACAAAGAUAACAAUCGACUGGGAAUAGCAACCUCUGAGAACCAUUGCCUGGUCAAAAAGACUCCAGGCGAGUACAGCUGCAAGGUGAAGGUGCUUAAGUUGAACAUCUCUAAGUGGAGUCAGCCCAAACGCUUUGGAAGAGUACAAGGACCACAGGGGAAGAUGCCUCACAGAGAGCUAUUGUCUUUAGCUCCCACUGGGGUGCCUCAAGCAGCCCAGCCCUCCUCUCACUGGUCUACUGCAAUUCCAACUCCUGAUCAAGGCCUAACCCAAACCUCAGGUCCUCUGCUGAAGCCUUCACAGUCCAUGCCAAGCUCUCUGCAAUCUACAGCCCAGUCUCAAACUCUUAUGACAGAAACUAACAAUUUAUCCAUGGAAUCUGUUGAUAUGUCUGGUAUGGGGCCAUCAGUUUAACUAUUUACAAAUCUCAGUGGCGAGAAUAGUGUCUCAGUGUGCGUAAUCAGAUUUGUAAAGGCAGAGAGCAGCUGGAGGACAUCAGAGGGAAAACCGGAAAAUAUUUGACUCUCCAGUGACUGUCCCAUUGUGUCAAGUUAAUCAGAAUAAUGGCGACUGAUCUAUAGUUAUCUAAUAUCAAUCAUAUGCACAAGGCUAUUGUGCUGCUAGUGCACACUUUGUAUAUGAUUAACUGUGUAAUAUUAAUGUUAAAGAUUACCAAGUAUUAACUUCAUGUUCUCAUCUGUACAAAACUAACUGAAUUCAUAGUGUUGGUGAUAAUAACUGAUGCCACAUUGGUUAAAGCAAAUAAAGUAUUCCUUAAAUGAUA